AUGGCUCUUCCUCACCAUUUAGAUCCACACCUACAAGAGACCAAGAAUUUCAGGGACUUCUGCAGGAUCGACUCCCAGAUUUCUCCGGAAUUAGUGUUCGACAUCUCCGCGAAUCUCCAUGAUCAGUCUCAGCAUCCUCCGUAUAUUCCUCCUUUUCAUGUCGCUGGUUUUGCACCGGGACCUGUGGUGCAAAUCGACGGUUCCGAUGGUGGCGCUGACUUCGAGUGGAGCUAUGGCCGGAAGAGGAUAAAGGAAAUGGAUUUUUUGGAGAACAAUUCUCAGAUUUCUUCGAUUGAUUUUUGGCAAAACCGGUCUGUAUCAACCGGUUUGGGUCUCUCACUUGACAAUGCUCGUAUCGCUUCUUCCGAUGGCUCUGCUUUGUUAUCUCUCGUCGGAGACGACGUUGAUCGGGAGUUACGGAGACAGGAUGCAGAAAUCGAUAGAUUCCUCAAGAUUCAGGUGACUUUGAUUGAUGCUCUUACGAAAUUGCUCGAUAUUGUGUCUUACUUGAAUUUUAGAAAACCCAUUGAUGUUCAAGGCUACUUUGGGGACCAAUUACGGCAUUCGAUCCUGGACAAGAUACAGAGGAGUCAGCGUAAAACCGUAUCACUCAUGGAGGAAAGAGUUGUCCAGAAACUCCGUGAGAAAGACGACGAGCUAGAGAUGAUAAACCGGAAGAACAAGGAGCUCGAGGUGCGAAUGGAGCAGCUAACGAUGGAAGCUGAGGCGUGGCAACAGCGCGCGAAGUACAACGAGAACAUGAUCGCUGCUCUCAACUACAAUCUCGAGCGAGCUCAAGGUCGGCCGAGAGAUAGCAUCGAAGGAUGCGGAGACAGCGAAGUUGAUGACACAGCUUCUUGCUUCAAUGGCAGGAACAAUAAUAGCAACGGUAAGACGAAGAUGAUGUGUAGGUUUUGUGGAGUGAGAGAGGUGUGUAUGUUGUUGUUGCCUUGUAAGCAUAUGUGUUUGUGUAAGGAGUGCGAGAGGAAGCUUAGCUCGUGUCCUUUGUGUCAGUCUUCCAAGUUUCUAGGGAUGGAAGUAUACAUGUGA